GAACCAUUCGAUCAAUGCUGGACCUCCAUCAAGAAGAACGGCGUCGACACCGUGGCCACCGGCGCGAGAGCUUGCCGUUUCAGGCUCACGCGCAAGCAGGAGAACAAGCCGCCCAUGCACGGCGCGACGUUCGCAGUUGGCCAGUCGCACCUUUCCCUCGAGCCCGCCCUCAUCAAGUUCUUCCUGAAGAUCGGGGGCGUCCGCAAGUUCGGGGCAGCCCCGAAAGGGGCCCUCGAGCGCGACGCGCAGAAGCUCCUGGACAAGCUGGAGGGCAAGUGA